AGGCGGUGGUUUGUAUUGUCGGUGUUAUGCUUUCAGAUUGUUGCCAUGAGUCGAUCAUUUAUGGUGCGUAAACUCAUUUGGAGACGGGCCGGGCGCAGUGUGUGUAUCCAAGCAACAAGCUUCAGCAAACUCAAAGGGAUAAAGGUUACAUUUACAGUAGAUGAACGGGGAGGUGGAUUGUCGAACAUUAUUCAGGCACCCAGUGCAAGCUUAGAGAUUCUGCUGGGAUUCAUAUUUUUGUCUUUAACACCAGAUGUAGAUCAUGUGGGGAGUUAAUCAACACUUUUAUGGAAUGUAUAACUGAGUGGAAUUAUUUACAAARGAUGAUGACAGAUUUUAGACCCGGACCUCUCUAUUUCUUUGAUCAGCCAACAGGACGGGGACGUAAGAAGCGCCCCAGAAUGCCCUUGGAGCAUUGCUUUGAUCUAGCAAAUGGGGGCGUGCGCUUGGCAACAAUCAGAAGUGAGUGUGUUAACGAUGACAAAUAUGAAGCAAAGAAUGAAGACAAUGCACACAAAGUGCAAWAUAAUCCCUCUACCACUGGUAAACCAGAUACCUGGCCCUCUAUCAACGGAGCGUUGGACAUGGGUGGUGAUGAGAGGAAUCCAGAGGCCGCGGCGGUGCCAGCAGACUGGUUGGAUGACAUGGACCCGAUGGAUGCAUACAAGCAUAUGGCCCCUCAGUUGUUGAGCGAGUUGGGGAGUGUGCUUUUGCAGUAUGAAGGGAGUGAGGAGGGAUGUAUUCCACACGGCCUCGUGAACGUUCUGAAUUACUCAUGGAAGGAUUUGACCGCAGGGGCAGUUUAUGUCAAACCAUCUUGGAAGUUGGGUGUCGGCAGCGGGAGUGGUGAUGGCGGGAAACCUCGCAAGUCGAAGGGCUCCAUGAAUUUCGAUGAGACUCUUCGGCAGAUGGCGGGAAAGAGAAGGACAAAACAGAAACKGUCCAAGAUGGAAAAUGGGUCUGAGAGACAGCCUCAAGACUCCAAUUUGCGCAAAAGAUCCUCAGUUUCCCAUGCACAAAAAGCUCAUGUGGCCACAACUAUAAGUUUCUCCAUCUCUUCAAAAACCUAUGAAGAGCAAGGUUGGAUCGUCCAGCCUAAGGAGCCAAUCCAUGAGGAACCUCAGUGGACUAAGCUGUGUCGUUGGGUGGUAGAGAGGCUACAACUGGCUAAGAUACCCAUAAAACAGACAACGGAGCAGGCAGAGAGUGGGCUGAACCAACCACCCAUCCUCCGUCACUAUGGGGAUGCCAAGCCACACCUUAAACACCAGAAGAAGACAGGAGGAGGAAGCGGAGGAGGAGGCAAGACCUGGCCUUACCCUCAGAUACCAGAGGUGAACCAGGAGGACCAGGAUUCACCGCGGCAGAAACUACACUACAGGAUCAAUGAUGGUUCCUCCUUCCUAUACUACCCGUCUGGUUUUGUAGCAGUGUGUCAGAGCCACUCUGGUCUGUCCUGUGGAGGGUUCUAUACUAACGUGUUCAGUGACCAACUCAGCCCUGUUACACUGGCCAGCAUCACCGCAGUAGGACAGGGCACCGUCACACACCCACUCAGUGGGACUGUUACUGCUGUGUGGGAUCAGCGUGGUGGGAUGACGUGUGACCCAGAAGGAGCUGUCACUAAGGAAUGGAUCUGGCAGACUGGGGUUAAGGAGAGGAUAGUCAUUCAGGUGUCUGAUCAGAUCUCAGUACGGAUGUUGAGUCCGGUACCUGUACACCCUCAGCCUUAAGAGUCAGAAUGAGAUUGUCCAGCUCCCACUGUCCCCCUGCACAACAUCACCCCAACUAAAGAAGCGGCCUGUCUGCAGACUGAGGGGGCGUUCACCUCUCUGGCAGCCCAGGAGCUCUCCCUGAGUAAGAAGCACCAGAAGAACCAGGACCAGC